CCUCUAUUUUGUGAAAUAAAUCCAUAAUAUGAAAUGUACUAGUUAGUAACAAAAAAGAAGAAUAAGUCUGUAAAAGUACUAAGCGUUAGCUUUUAUCAUAUACACUAUUCUAAGAGAAGAUUACGAUGACAUUAAUUCAAAUUGAUAUAUAAUUUCAGUAACUGUCAUAUUUUCUUUUAUAAUCAUAUUCCAAAUUAUUUCUAGUAAAAUGGCUGAAAAAUUAAUUUCUGUAGAAUUUGAAGUCUUCGGAAGGGUCCAGGGUGUACUUUUCGGAAGGUAUAUGAUGAAAGCUGCUAAAUACCUUCAAGUGAGGGGUCUGAUUACGAAUACUCAUCGACAUUCUGUAAAAGGAGUUAUUGAAGGACGUAGUUCAUCAAUAGAAUCAAUGAAAUGGUGGUUACGCAAACAAGGCAGUCCAUUCUCUUAUAUAGCUUUAACCAUCUUCACUGACGAAAAGGAAAUAGACCAAUAUACAUAUAAAUCAUUUAAAGUUCGGGCAUAGAUGAAAACUUAUAAGAAAAUAUUUACUAUGUUUUCAUAUAUUUAUAUAUAGAUAUUUUUACUAUUUUCAUUUUAUUUGUAUAUCAUAUUUAUAUACAGAUUUAUGUUGGUGAUUGUAUGAUUUGUAUGUUGUUAUGUACUUAUCACUCUGGACAUGUGAAUUAAUAAACAUUCUC